AUGUCGCACAACGCUCAUGCAAAGGCGUCCAAGUUCGACGACACAUCGAUCAACCGUGUCAAGAAGCAAAAGGAGGCUAUCAAAAGUAUUCGCCAUGGAAACGAGCUGCUCAAGUCUGACCUGGCCUGGGAAGCACGAGAGUCAAGAUUCAUCACCAAUCCGUCGGCGGCUGCAGAGAUUCAGAGACUACAGGACCAGGCCGAUAUCUACGCCAAGAAAACGGAGCAGGAUCGACGCAAGAUCCAAGACCUGGACCGUCAGAUAGCCGCCACGCAGUCGAGGGUGCUGGAGCAGCGCCAGAAGAUGGGCGGGCUCAACGCCUCCCAGGAAAAUAACGAGAUGAUCGCCAAGCAGAUACGGACGCUAGAAAACAGGCUUGACAAGGCCUUGGUGAAAUUCAACGAGUCCCUGGCCAUGAACAAGAAUCUUCGGGAGCGCAUCGACACCCUGAGAAGAGAGAGGGUUGUGUUUGACAGCAUCUACAAGAAGCUCGAGAGGGAGUUGCACGAGAAAAAGAAGGAGAUGGCGGCAAUAAUCAACGACAGCAACAACGCAUACCACGCGAGAGACAAGGCCCAGAGCGAGAUGAUGGCAUUGCGGCAGCAGGCGGAAAAAGACCGUGCUGAAUUCGACGCGGAGUGGAAAGAGUUGGGCAAGCUCAUCGCUCAGGACAGAAAGCUCAGGGAGACGCUACGACAACGCCAGCUCGAACGAAGUAGAGACCUCAGAGCCGAGGGGGAAUCAGCGGGGGACGGGGACGAAGAUGCAAGGCUGAUGACGGGCAGCGGGGUGGAGGAGUGGGGUGCCAAUGCCAAGGAUCGACAGCAGACCACGUUCAGUCAGCCUGAGCAAUCGUACGAGGCGGCCUUCAACAAGAUUAAGGAGGCCACCGGGAUGACGAACGUGACAGACAUGGUCAACAACUUCCUGCAGGCUGAAGAGAAAAACUUCAGUCUCUUCAACUUCGUCAAUGAACUCAACAGCGAGAUCGAGCGACUGGAGCUCAUGAUCGCCGAAACAAAGAACAGCAUCGAGAAGUUCAAGGGGCAAGGAGUAAGCACAGACACGCAGAGGAAGAAAGUUCUCAGGGGUUUGGAGGAGCAGCUCUCUGUGACAGAGGGCAAGGCGGAUGACUACGAGCGGCGGUAUCAAACGGCAAUGAAGACAAUCAACCAGCUCAAGACCGGUAUCCACAGCAUCUUCAGCAGAAUCGGCGCGGGUAGCAACUCAUCGGUGGAGGAGAUGCUUGGCAACCAGGGCGUGACGGAAUCGAACAUGAUGCAAUACCUGGGGAUCAUCGAGCAGAGGACCAGCGAGAUACUGCAAGCGUACGCCGCGUCGCAGCAGAUGACACAGGCGGCGGAAACCCAGGGGUUCACCCCUUCCCUGGAGGGAGGAGCAGCGGGGGGGGCAGGAGCAGUGGACGCCACGGUGCCGCUCCGGCUCAACGUGCAACCACCCGCCUGGGACGACUUCAGCUCUGGAGAAGACUCCGACCAAGAGGACGACGAGAGGCCUCUGACCCGCGAGGAGCUCAAGCGCAAAACCCUCAGAGGGGGGGGAGCCGCCAACGGGGGCGGCGGGGGCGGGGGUGGGGCGGCGUCCGGGUGCGCGGCCGCGGGAAGGGGGGGCGGGGCGGGCGGAGCGGGGGCAGCAGGAAACAAACCGAAAGACGGCAAGGCGAGGACAAAACAGGCCAACGCGCGUACAUGA